CCAACCCUUUUUUCUGUCUUCUUCCCAGAAUUUUUUCCUUUUUCUUUUCUUUUUUUCCGUUCUCAUGUGGGCUAAUAUACAGGCUGCAAUUUCGGAAUCUGCCCUUGUAUAUGGCGGACGAAAAUUUCCACAGCAGGAACCGCACCACCACAAACCCCCCUGUACCGAGGCAGAAAACGGAGCAGAGAGCCUGCACGGACUGAUAAGCAGUUGUGCAGUCACCUCUGGUCGGGGAGGGAAGAUUUCUGGAGCGGGGAGCCUGUUUCGCAUGAGCUGCAUCGUUGUUGGAGAAGAACGGGGUCAGAGGAGGUGGAGUCAUGAGUGCAAAAGAGGCACCCAAUCCUGGCAUGGAGCAGGCAGAUGGCGGGAGUGCAGCCACAGACGGACCCUCGCCAACCUUAGCCUCAGCAACAAAGAGUACUAGUCCACCACCUGUCACAGUAAAGAAGGAGCCUGGGACCUCGGAGACGAGUAACGGGAAAGUUGGUGAUGCCAACCCUGCUGAGAUCUGUGUUGUCAUCGGAGGAAAUGAUGGAGGAGCAAGUAGAGGUGGAUCCCGUAGAGCUCAGACCGAGGGUAUGUUUGCCCUUGGUACUCCUCCUCCAACGAAGAGCACAGACUCGUGCAUAGGUUCCUAUGUAUGUGGGGUGUGCGGGAAGAAGUACAAGUAUUAUAACUGCUUUCAGACACACGUCAGGGCACACAGAGAAUCAGAGAGCAUGAUUGGAGAUGGUCUACCCCCGACACCCAACAAUAGCUUCCGUUACUCCUGUGACAUCUGCGGCAAGAAGUAUAAAUACUACAGCUGCUUCCAGGAGCACCGCGACCUGCAUGCAGUUGAUGAUCCCUAUGAACAGGCAGUGUUACCUAUGGAUGGCCUUAAAGAGGAGGAGCCAGUGGAACCCUAUCAGAAAAUCGGACCAAAAACCGGGAGCUACGUUUGUGAGUUCUGUGGGAAGCAGUACAAGUAUUUCAACCCAUACCAGGAGCAUGUUGCUCUUCACACACCAAUGGGCUCCUUUGAUAUGAAGGCAUCACGGGUACAGGAAUGUGGGAGCAUGGAUAUGAGUAAAUUUGGCCACAGCCAAACUGGUAAGAUAAAAAGCAGUCCAUUCAGGCGGAAAGUGGAGAGUACGAUUCAGUCCAGUCUGGUUGACACAAACAGUUCGCAGAAUUCAAGCGGAACUCCGAGCCCUCUGGUGGCCAACUCCUUCUCUACAACACAGAAACCCUACACUUGUGGUGCCUGUGGCAUCCAGUUCCAGUUCUACAACAACCUGCUGGAGCACAUGCAGUCCCACGCUGCUGACAAUGAGAACCACACCAAAGGGGACUCUCCAAAAACCUCCUCAGCCACGGGUCCUCAGGAACAGAUCUGGAGAGGUUCUCAGGCCCAGGCACAGGCCCAGUCCCAGUCCCAGUCCCAGUCCCAGGCCCAGGCACAGGCACAGGUCCAGUCCCAGGCACAGGCACAGGCACAGGCCCAGGCACAGGCCCAGGCACAGGCCCAUCCCUCAGUUAAACUACAAAUUCAGCCUCAGAGUAUCUCCCAGAGAAACAACAUUCUCAGCCAAAAUAAUGGAAUACCUGAGAAGGAGCGACAGCAGGUGGCGGAGCGGCUUUUACGGGUAAUGUGUUCAGAUCUGAGCAUGCUUAACGUGCUCAACAGCAAGGACUUCCUAAAGUUGGCACAAACCCUAGUGGAUACAGGGGCUCGUCAUGGUGCCUACUCCACCCGUGAUGCCCUUGGCAACAUGAGUGCCUUGGCACUGCGCCAGCUACCCCGCAUGUACAACCAAGUCAAAGUCAAAGUCACGUGCGCUCUAGGCUCCAAUGCUUCACUCGGCAUCGCUGUCACCUGCCACUCCCAAACGUCAGGUCCGGAUGCUUGCUAUGUUCUAACAGCCUACCAGGUGGAGGGGUCAAGACUGAAGCGUUAUGUACUUGGUGUGAGAGAGGUCGAGUUGAGGGAAGGGCCUGAGCAGGUUCACCACUGGGUGCAGAAUGUUCUGUCUGAGUUUGUUAUGUCAGACAUUCGCACCGUGUAUGUCUCAGAGCCCAGGGUGUGGGCAGCAGGAUUUGGGGGAUCGCCACUGGGCAGUGGUGGCCGGGGGAGAAUAUGCUUGCGAUGCGCAGGAUGUUCACUCGGUUCAGUUGUCCAGGCGGUUCUUGGAAAACGCAGCCUCCAGGCUCGAGGGCUCCAUGAGUUGGCCGAGCUUCUCUCAACAUGCCGAGAUAUCGCCUCCUCCACCACGCUGGCAUUUCGUGAGGAACAGUGUACCAACACAUCCGCAAGCACAACUGAGGAAGGUACGCAGGCCAGCCCUCCACAAUGCCCCACCCCUCCUUGCUGGGAUCGUAUGGCUGAAGCUCUGCUGCAGGUCCAUGCCCACUUUGAGCAGAUUUGUGAGGCUUAUGGCCGCAGUAAGUCCACGGCUCCACUCCUCCAGGGUCUCAACAAGCAUCUGCUUGGCACACUGGCUUGUCUGCUGGCCCCUCUGCGUUUGGCAGCUCUGGAGCUAAGCAGCCAGAGGAGACCAACUUUACAACAAGUGCUGCCUGUCUACUUGCGCUUGGAGAAAUUUUUCACUUCCAAAGCUGGUGAGGCUGGAACCGGCACAGCUAGCAAACUCUGCCACUACUUCCUGGAAGCACUCAAAGAAAACUUCAAGGUUGAACGAGCCCACCAGGUAGCCAUGGUACUGGACCCACAGCUCAAGCUGCGAUCAGUGCCAGCCUACCAACAUGAGGACAUAAUCUCCCGUGCAUGCGAAAUGGCUGCUGAUUCAAGGGAUGGAGGUAUGACUGGUGGUGGAGGAUCAGGUGGUGAAGAGCGCGACACUGACGGCCCACCAACCCCUAAAAUAAGCCGCAUAGAGGGAGGUGGAAAAAAUGGUGGCAGUUCAAUGGGGACGUCAUCAUCUUGCACAGUGUCUGGUAAUGAUGACAGUCAAAGCCAAGUCAGACAAGAGAUCUUUCAGUAUCUGGCAGAGCCUCUUCUCCAAGGCACACCUGAUCUCUUCCAGUACUGGAGCUCAGCUGUGGGGGACAAGUUCCCCAGGCUCGCUCGUCUGGCGCUCUGGCUACUCGCUGUGCCCGCUGUGGGCAUACGCAGUGAGUGCGUGAACGUGUGCGAGCAGAGUCUGGCUAUGAAGAGGAGGCAGCAGGUAACCGCUGAGGAGAUGAACAAACUAAUUUUUCUUCGCUCUAAUAUGGGCUAGAAGAGAAGCACAACCAACCCUAACCAACCAAACCUUCACCUCCAACCAAUGACUCGACUAUUAGUUAUAUAGGUUUAGACCAACUGUAAACUUAAAUGUGUAUGGACAGUAAAUACUUCUUGAGACAGAUAUUGACUGAAAAAUCUCACGUUGUAUAGGUUGCAAACACUCAUAAAACAAUAAGGCUUAUAUAUUUUAUAUGGAGAAAGAACAGCUGUAAAGUACUGUGGACAAAAUUUAGGGGUGGAACGGUAACUCUCAAAAGAUUUUCUGUUUGGUACGCCACCCUCGGUUUGGGAUGCACAUGUGAGCAGGAGGAGUUUUGUUUUACUGCGGCCAGUGAUUUGAAUUACUCCAGCCUAAUGACAAAACCACUAAAAGGCUAUAUGCUGUUAUUCUCAUUGGAUGGCAACAUUGUCAGGUUGAGUCAGCUCUCACUGCUUGAAUUAACUGUUAUCAACCUCUGAUCAGAGAUAACUAAGGAGUAUGGCAGUAAAUACUGUAGCAAAUACAGUCAUCAUUUUUGUUUGUGUAUGACAAAAAAAAAUCUGUGGUGAAUCUUCACUGCUAUUGCACCUCUGACAAUUGUACUAGGUUCAUGGUUUACCAACAUGCAUCACAGAAAAUUAUAUUUUUCAGCCAUCAGAGAUGAGUAGGAGGAGAUAAUGUGCAGAUAACUGCAAGCUAAAUCAUUGCAGCUAAUUUGAUGGUUGCUUCAGUGGCCUCAAAAUGUAGCUGCAGAUCAUUUGCAUGCACCACAUUGCUUGCAUUUUUUAUUCUAAAGGGUAAAAAGUAGCUGAUUAAACAUUAAUUCCGUUAUGAUGCCUUUCUCCUUGUUUAUGCUACAAAUUGUAAAGGAAAGUCAUCCAAUGGUUUUGUUUUCUUUCUAAAAUUAACUCAAGGUCUUAUGCUGCUAGAUAUGCAAGUCAAACUGCUAGACUCGCAUAGAAAAGACAAAACUAUGAAGUUAAAUUGAAUGAAAUCAAGCUUUUGGUUGAGUCCACUCACCAUAGGAGCUCCCAUGCAGGUAAAAUUUAAUAAAGCAAGAUGUUUCGAGCCAUACUGGCUCUUCUUCAGAUGCUAACAAAGUGAGGAGGCUCAGAGACCUGCAUGGGAGCUCCUUUGUUGUGCGGACUUUUCUUUUUACUCUUCUUGUAGUUUUUUUUUGUCCAGCACCCAUCCUUAACUGGGUAGCGGAUGUGCGUGUCCUUUGUUUAUUAUAGGUAUAUACACAAUAACAACAUCUUAAGUUCAUUUUAGCUGGCUUGAUGGUAGUUUCCGUGCUGACAAUUCAGACACUUACAGCAACUUCAAGUUGCAUCAAUACACUUGUUUUUACACCAGAGAUGUUCUACCUGUGCAUUGCCCUCAGAUAAACAGCAGUAAUGUAUUUAGCCAUCAGUUUGGUAACCUGAAGGUGUCAACAGGCAGUAGGCAAGGAUUUAUUUCAUAUUUUUGUAAAUCCUUGUGUGGUUGCCCACUGUGUGUGUGUGUGUGUGUGUGUGUGUGUGUGUGUGUGUGUGUGUGUGUGUGUGUGUGUGUGUGUGUGUGUGUGUGUGUGUGUGUGUGUGUGUGUGUGUGUGUGUGUGUGUGUGUGUGUGUGUGUGUGUGUGUGUGUGUGUGACUUGUCCAUAGGAAACGUAUUAUAAUUGUAUUUAUAUUCUUUCCUCAUUUAUUACUCUAAUAUAAAUAUCGUCUUCCUUAUGUGAGCUACAAAUUUUCAUUUUUCAAAGCAAUAAGCUUUAUCACAGGGCAUAGUUUCCAACCUCCUCUAUUAAACAUGACUGUUCUAAUAAUGCUCAUAUGGUUAACUAUUAACAGUAAAUUAUUUUCAGUUUGUGAAAUCAACAGGAUUUUCUCAGGAACGAGUGCACCCAAGCAGGCACCGCCACUUUUUUCCUCACUGUACCGACAACACACCUAACUGUGACCUCAAUGCCGAGGCAUCUACUGAACCAUGACUUUUGCGAAACGUUCCACCCCGAAUGCAGUUAGUGCCACUUGCAACAAACAAAAAAUGGAUCACUGAGGUUUUAAUUCUUAUUUUCAGGACGAAACCAAUUCUGCCAGUACAUUCACUAAAGUCAACACUAAUGAAGUCAAGUUAUUUAUUUUUUUAUGGAUUCUAGAGUGCAUUUAACUAAUACCUCCCAAAAUGACUUGGAUGAAUGGAAGCUAUACUGUAAAUGUGUUUGUUGCUUCUGGUACUAAUUAGUCAAGUACUAGUUUGUCUUCUCUGUGUUUGGGCCUUAACUCACUUUCAUGCAAUCACCUUAAACCCUACAGUCAGAGCCAACAUCAUGCCUUUAUAUUGCUGAUCAAUGGCCUUCUUUUUACCAUCUUCUAUGAAGCUUGUAGUUUCUUUUUUGUUUUCCACUCUGGUAUACUCAAAGGGAUGAAUAGCUGAUGGUUGGAAACGGUGUCCUCUACUGGUCAAAUGUGUACUUUUUUACUGUGCUAUUUGACAAAUGCUUUUAUUCUCAAGGUCCUUAGAAAGAUAGAACUCAUCAAGCAUGUAUGCUUUUUUGUUUUUUCUCUGGGUUUAUAAAAUAGAGGUCAGGAAUUCUUCUAACAAUAACACAACCAAGCACAACUAUCCACUGUAUAAAGCUUAUACUGAAAUGACUCAGUAUUCGAGCAAAAAUCAAACCAGUGCAUAUCACUUUUGCAGUUCUUCAUUGGGGUCAAACCAGAGCAAGAAAUUAUUUCAAUAUUAUACUGAUAUUUUGAUAUGAGACUCAUUUGGAUUUUGGUUAUCAUAAUAUUUAUGGUGGACAUAUUUUUUUUACUUUGCUGUCUACCCCGUAUUUAAAAAACAACCAAAACAAAAAAAAAACAUUAAUAGUCCUGAAAAUAUCACUGUAUUAUUAACAGUAAAAAGUAUUAUAGUCUUAUAAAUCUGUUUUUGACAUGUGUGCCAGCUUGAGGCCCAGGUACAGUCACGUUACACUUCUGCCCUAUGAGUAGACACUCAGUUCAUUUUCAAAUCAAUUUUAUUUAUCAAUUCAUUUUUAUUUAUGUAGCGUCAAGUCAAAUCACAACAAAAGUUAUUUCAAGACACUGUUCACUGUACUCAUUUAUAGUGAAACCUGUAAAAAUGGCAAAUUCUGGCUUGUUUUUCCUGUUUCUGUGUUAUCUACAUGGGUCAGAGCUCACCCUUGUUCAGCUUUGACUUUGCAAAUGUGCACAGCCAGCCAGUAGAAACUUGAAAAUGGAGAUGUUACUAUUCUAGCACUAUGUCACCACCUUGUUUUGUAUUACACACUAACAGAAUGUGAACCGUAGCAUUGCCCUGAUAUUAGAUUGAUUUUUAGCUGUAGCAAUUUUGUCAAUUUAUCAAUUAGUUGCCAACUACUAAAUUAAUCACUAUUUAAGUUUGAGUCUUUAAAAAAAAAAAAAAAGAAUAAAACAUUUAAUAAAAAAAAAUAAUGUCCACAUUUUCUGAUCUAGGUUUUGAAAUGUGAAUAUUUUCUGAUUUCUUUAGUCUUUUAUGACAGUAAAUACAAUAUCUUUGACAUUUGUAGAUGUCAUCUCAUCAGCUUUCGGUACAAUGAUGAAAAUGUUUCUCCAUUUUCUGGCAUUCUACGGAUCACCCAACUAAUUGAUUAAUCGUGAAUUAAUGAUCAAAGUUUAUUUAUCACCUACAUCAAAAUCGUGACAUCACAACCUUCUUCGGAGCCGAGCAUGGGACAGUUUUGAUAAAUGGAAGGCUAAUGUGACUGUACCUUUUUUUAGAUUGUGAGGACAUGGGAAGUAGGAAGUCAGCACACCACACACUGGAAAUUAAAGGGCAUGUGAGCUAAUGGUCUAGUGUAAAUUCAAAAACAGAUCAAUGUCUUAUCAGACUGAGAAUCUUUUAGUUCAGAAGUAAAUGCAGUUGUGAUCUCAUUUAUAAAAUAAAAAGUGCUUGUUUUAUUAUAUUGCAUAAAAUGUCUAAAUUGCUGAAAUUAUGUCAAUCAGUGGUCAAAGGCUCUGCAUUAUACACUGUUCAACAACUACAUGAGAUGUUUUUAAUAGUCUUUAGUCCUCCUUACCUCCAUUAACAGCUUUUAUGUAGUUUCAUAAAUGCUUUUCACUCUCCUAAAGGGUUUCUUUAAAACAUCUUUUCUUAACAUGUAGGUUCUUGACAUAAAUGAUCGUGUCUAAGCUGAUUUUAACAGUUUAAAAUUGCUGUUCAUCUGUUUUACCUCUGUAAGGCUUUGAGAGAAUGACUUUAUUCAGUGUAUCCAAAACAUACAUCAUUGCAUUGUGAUCAUUUGCAUUCCUGAAAUCAAUAUAUGUAUACUGCUGUUUUAAAACUGAUUUAUGUCAAACAUUUAUAUUUUGGUAAAAAAAAAAAAAAGAAAGAAAGAAAAUUGCUGUAAAUUAUAUUUUAAAUUUAAUUUUUUAAGUACCAAUCCAAUGUUUUACCUCAGUACUCAGAAGGUAAUAUUGUAAUUUAAAGAUUGGACAUGAGCUGUUCAUACAAAAUUAAGGUUUGGUCGGAGAAAUAGUCAAAAUACUGUAUAUUGGUCUGUGGUGUUAGCAGCGAUCCUCGAUUGAACUGAUGAAGGGAUUUUUCUUACAGUUUUUAAAUAAGUAUUUUAAAUAGGAUAUGCUCUGGGACAAAAUGCCAUUGUUGACGUAAUGAUGUCAACUUAAUUUUACUUAGAAAUAGCAUUGUUUUUGUUGAUGAAAUGAUAAUUAUAUCUAAGAUAUGCAUGCUUUUAAUAAGAGUACUGAUAUAUAAAGUUAUAAGCCAGUGUUUCUCAUCAGGUGGAAGUUAAUCAUGUUGGCUCUGAGUAGACGCUAUCUUAAGACGCUCAUUAAGAGUCAGAUUAACAACCCCGUACUGAAUUUGAACAUUUUCGAGGGGGAAGUAGCGAUGCUGAUCAUGGAUUGGUAUGCCUAUGUUGACAUCAACCAUUUUCAGAGGAUGUAUUAUGUAAAUACAAGAGAACUGCUGUUUUUAUGUCACAAGGGGGCGCCUUCAUUUCAGAGAUACAGUAGGGAGCACCAAUAACAUUAUACCUCUUUUUUCUACAGUAGCAUUUUCAAAAGGUUUUGAUAUAAUAUAAAACUCAACUUAGAUACUGUUAUUAGAAAACUGAGAUCAGCUAUAAGUUUUAUUUUGUUUCAGGAUUUUAACUUAUUCAGAUAAUAAAGUUCAAUUGUAAAAUAUGGUAUAAGAAUGCUAACAUGGAGAUCUCUUCUGUUCAGCUAUGGAUUAUAGUCUGCAUUAUCAAUUCAGGUUAAGAAACUAGUGUUGCUUUCAUCGUAUUUUACAGGCAUUUCUUCCUUUUAUACUCUGCUAAAAUGCAAAAAAUGUGUUUGAUUCUAUUCAUUUUGUCUUUUUUAUCGCACUUUGGCAGCAGAUUCCUGUGUAGAUUCCAAUCUGAGUUGUCUUAUUAGUAAGCCUAAUUUAUACUUUUGUAGCAACACUAUUUUUAUAUAACGGCGAAGAAAAGGGUUCAGUGUCUUUUUUUUUUGUUUGUUUGUUUUGUUGUUGUUUUCCUGUGUCAUAUAUGGCAGCGCUGUUCAAUGUUUCUUUAAUACAUUACCCACUGUAGUAUGUGAUGUGUGAAUAAACUCCAAAUCUG